AUGACCCGAGUGACAGCCUUUGGGUUCCCCAAGAAGGGCAAUACCGCCUCGACCUGGGAAGAACUUACCGGGAACGCCUCUUCCUCGACAGGAAACGAGGCUGCCAAGGCGGAAUCCUCAGAGAUGGCUGUUCAACGUGAAGCUGGGGCAGGGUCUGGGGAUAAAAAGAGGAAGAGGAGGGAGGACAAGGUGGAGGAAGGGAGUGGGAGGACGGGUGGAUGGGGGAAGAACGACGAUAUCAAACGCAAGGCUGAACGAACCGAACAACGUCGAGUAGGCCGGAUCGAGAACAAGAACUCGUCGACAAUCUGUUUCGCAUGUCGUCAAAAGGGUCAUGCGGCCAGGGAAUGUCCGAACGUCCUGUUGGCCGCACAGACACCCGAUGCUGAGGGUGCAGGGAUGGAAGGGUCGGGAGCGGGACCGAAGAAGGGGAUGAAGAGGGGCAAGGGACAGAUGGGGAGCGAUGUGACGGGUGCCGGGGGGAGAUGCUAUCGGUGCGACUCGACACAACACCCCUUGUCGAAGUGUCCUAAACCCGCAUCAGUUGGCCUACCCUUCGCCUCAUGCUUCAUCUGCCUGCAAAAGGGUCACCUCGCUUCCAAAUGCCCGCAGAACGACCGAGGCGUCUAUCCAAACGGCGGGAGCUGUAAAGUCUGUGGCAAGGUGGAUCAUCGCGCCAGCGACUGCCCUGACGACAAGCGGGGCAAGAAGCCCGCCGAGGGAGACGAAGGCGGCGAUUAUCACCAAGAGCUCAAAGCCUUGGGUGAUGAGAACGGCGUCGUUUUCGGGAUCGGGAGCGGAGCUGGGGCGGACGAAGACGAUUUCAUGGUCGUCAAGCGGAAACGUGUCGAGCUAGAGAAGAAGGUGGCCGAACAGCGUGUCGUCGAAAAGGCGCAAAAGUUGGCCAAGAAGAUCAAGGAGAAGAGGAAUUUCGAACGGCAGACCAGGGAGAUUGCGGGAGAGACGGGCGGGAUGACGGGCAAUUCGGAGAUGGAGGCGAACAAGGAUCUGCCGGCUAGAGCCAAGGUCGCCCCACCAGUGGAAAUCUCAAAGCCCGCUCUGGCAGCUACGGAUCAGACGCCAGUCAAGCAGGCUGCACCUAGACGACCAGUGGCAGCUAGAGUCCCGCCCAAGAAGCCCAAGGUGGUCACUUUCUAG